UCUGUUCUGUUCAGCAACUGAAAAAAGCCAAUAAGAGAUUCCAUCCGUCCGUAGUUCCCUUCAGAUUAAUUUGCGAUUUGUAGGUUAUAGGUUAAGUGUGAGUGUCAGUGGUGGAGUUUCGUUUGUUUUAAUAUGUAAAACGUGUUUAGUUUCAAAAUUCCUUUUAGUUUUUACGUAUAUAAUAAGUGUUACAUCAUAAAAUUUGAUUUCAAUCAUGGAUUCUUCGUGGUCAAAUAUUAAACCAUCUCUAAGCAAAAUGGUAUUAAAAACUAUCAAGUGCUUAGGUUUUGAAUCUAUGACUCCAGUUCAGGCAUCUUGCAUUCCACUGUUAUUGAAAAAUAAAGACGUUGCGGCUCAGGCUGUCACUGGCAGUGGGAAAACAUUGGCUUUUGUUAUCCCAGUCUUAGAGUUAUUGCUAAAAAGAAAUGAAGAAUGGAAACGCCAUGAGGUUGGUGCAAUAGUUAUUUCUCCUACAAGAGAAUUAGCUCUACAAACAUGUGAAGUGCUUGAUAGCUUUUUAUUGCACUCAAAUUUCACUAGGAUGUUGGCAAUAGGAGGUAAUAGUGUACAGUCUGAUGUUGAAUAUUUUAGGAAGAAUGGAGCAAAUAUAAUAAUAGCUACACCUGGAAGGCUUGAAGAUUUGCUAACUCAGAAUAUCUUAAAUCUUCCAGUUGCUGUGAAGGCACUGGAAAUUCUUGUGCUUGAUGAAGCUGAUCGCCUCUUAGAGCUAGGAUUUGAAAAGUCAUUGAAUACAAUUUUACAAUAUUUACCUCGUCAACGUAGAACUGGUUUAUUUUCUGCUACUCAGACUAAAGAAGUUGAAUCUCUUGUUAGGGCAGGCCUUAGAAAUCCAGUCAUGAUAACUGUCACUGAAAAGUCAAACAACUCAGCAUGCAAUAAGGUAACGUCAACUCUCUCAACACCUUCAACCUUGAGCAACUAUUACACUAUCUUAGAACCUACAGAUAAACUACCGUUUCUUAUGGAGUUUUUACAACACCAUGGUUACGAACAAAAGUACAUGUUAUUCUUAUCAACUUGUGCUUGUGUUGAAUAUUUUUCAGCAAUUUUGAAAGUGCUUUUAGCAAAAAACUUGGACAUAUUCAGCAUCCAUGGAAAAAUGAAAGAAAAACGGUAUAAAAUAUUUGAUUCCUUUAGAAAAUCUCAAUCUGGUCUUUUGAUUUGUACUGAUGUAAUGGCUCGAGGAAUAGACAUUCCAGAAGUAGAUUGGGUUAUACAGUAUGACCCUCCAACUUCAGCAGCAUCUUUUGUGCACCGUUGUGGUCGAACAGCUCGCAUUGGCAACUUAGGCUCUGCAAUUAUAUUUCUGAUGCCUAAUGAAGAAUUGUAUACUGAUUUUAUCCAUCGUAAUCAAAAUGUCACUCUUCAUCCCUUUGAAACGUUUAACAGAAAUCCAUCCAUGGUAUACAAUCAAACAGUUUUUAAUUUAGUACAAAAAUCUCAACUUAAUGAUCGAGCAGUAUUUGAUAAAGCUAAUAGGGCAUUUGUGUCCUAUAUACAGUUUUAUUGUAAACAUGAAUGUAAUAUCAUUCUUAGAGUAAAGGAUUUGGAUUUUGGACCACUAGCCACUGGAUUUGGUCUGCUGAGAUUACCUAAAAUGCCUGAACUGAAAGAUAAACCUAUGACUGGUUUUAUAAAUCAACCUAUUGAUUUCAAUGACAUUAAAUAUAAAGACAAACAGCGUGAAUUAUCUAGACAAGAGAAAUUGAACAGUUUCAAUGAAACUGGUGUGUGGCCUUCGAGAAAAAAGCACAGCAAAGGGUGUACAAAGGAAACUACACCUUGGAGUUUAAAGAAACAACUGAAGGUGGAAAAACAAGAAAGAAGAAAGGUGAAAAAAGAGUAUAAAAAUAAGAAAAUUUCAGAAGGAAAAAACAAAACAAAAAGAAAAAGAAACAGGUUAACAAAUGAAGAUUUACUACUCAAUGAAGAUUUAAAGAAAGAUUUGGCUUUAAUGAAAAAAUUAAAUAAGAAAAGAAUUACAAAUGAACAAUUUUGUAAUGAAUUUGGCAUUGAGUGAUAUUUCACUCAAUUGUAUGUGAAUUACAAUAUAUUUAUUGUAAUUCACAUACAAUUUGUAAUGAUAUGGUGAAUAUACAUGUGGCAUAUUAGAGAAAUAACAAUCCUGCAUAAUUUUAUGGAAAAAUAAUUUUUGUGUAUAUAUGUUUUUAAUUAAUUUUUGUACAUAUUCUGAAUAAAUUAUUAUUAAUAACUGUU